AUGGAUGGGUUUUUCGACUCCCCAGAUGUCAGGAAUGGAUUCCACAAGGUCGAACUCAAUAGGACUGUGUGGAUUGUUCCUGAACAUUAUCAAAAUUUAACUCCUGUAGGUACUGGAGCUUAUGGAUCUGUAUGUUCCGCUGAUUGUAUGUUAACACAGAAUAGAGUCGCUAUCAAGAAAUUCACCAGACCAUUUCAAACUGUAGUACAUGCUCGUAGAACUUUUAGAGAACUACGUCUUCUGAGGGAUAUGAAACACGAAAAUGUUAUUGAUUUAUUAAAUGUUUUUACCCCCGACCAAUCACCGGACGGGUUGACUGAUGUAUAUUUCGUUUCAAUUCUUAUGGGCGCAGAUUUGUCGAAUAUUUUGAAAAUUCAAAGGCUUAAUGACGAUCAUAUUCAGUUUUUAGUAUAUCAAAUCCUCAGAGGAUUAAAGUACAUUCAUUCCGCUGGUGUUAUUCAUAGGGACUUGAAACCUUCAAACAUUGCUGUUAAUGAAGACUGUGAAUUGAAGAUUCUGGACUUUGGACUUGCUCGGCAAGCAGAAAGUGAAAUGACUGGAUAUGUAGCAACGAGAUGGUAUCGUGCUCCUGAAAUCAUGCUAAAUUGGAUGCAUUAUACUCAAACUGUGGAUAUUUGGUCUGUUGGUUGUAUUUUAGCUGAGCUAAUAACCGGCAGAACUCUCUUUCCCGGAUCUGAUCAUAUCGAUCAGCUGACAAGAAUUAUGCAAAUAGUGGGAAAGCCUAAUGAAGACUUUUUGUCUCGGAUACAGUCAGAAGAAGCUAGAAAUUACAUUAGAAACUUACCUAACAUUCCCCGUAAAGAUUUCCGUCAAUUGUUCGCAAAUGCGACUGCCAAUGCCGUGGAUCUCUUAGAGAAGAUGUUACAUCUUGAUCCUGAGUGCAGACCAACUGCAACAGAAUGUUUAGCCCAUCCUUAUCUCAGUACCUUCCAUGACGAGUCUGAUGAACCAAUCUUCACUAGUCGAGUCGAUUUGGAGGAGUAUGUUGAGAAGGACACUAUUGAAGAGUGGCGAAAACUUAUAUGGAAAGAAAUUGAAAUUAUGAGGAAACGUAGUGAAGAAACAGAAGCUAUGGAGGAAUGA